CUAUCCAUAAAUCAGAUGAUUUUAAAAAUUUAUAAACCUUUACCGUAUUUUGAUAAUUUUAGGAAAGUUCAUAAUGGGGCUAAUAAAACACAGCUAUUCAUUAAUGGGAAAUUUUUUGAUUCAAAGUCAGAGGAAUGGCUGAAUGUUCAUGAUCCAUCUAAUAAUAAUGUGAUAACAAAAGUUCCAAUUUCCACAGAAAACGAAAUGAAAUAUGCUGUUGCAAGUGCUCAAAAUGCUUUUAAAACUUGGUCAAAAACAACUGUGAUGCAAAGACAAAGUAUCAUGUUCAAAUUUCAACAACUUAUUAAAGAAAAUUUAGGAAAAAUAGCUCAAGUUAUCACGGAACAAGGUGGGAAGACUGUUUCAGAUGCCGAAGGAGAUGUUAUUAGGGGAUUGCAGGUUGUGGAAUAUUGUUGUAAUGCACCAUCAUUAGUUAUGGGAGAAAAUCUACCCGGUGUGUCGAAAGAUAUGGAUAUCAUAUCUCAAAAAGUUCCACUCGGAGUAUGCGCUGGCAUAGCGCCCUUCAAUUUUCCGGCCAUGAUUCCUUUAUGGAUGUUUCCUCUAGCCAUAACUUGUGGCAAUACAUUUAUACUUAAACCUUCGGAGAGGAAUCCCGGAGCAUCGAUGUAUUUGAUGGAUUUGGGACUGAAAGCAGGAAUUCCUGAUGGCGUGGUUAACGUUAUUCAUGGAAGCCAUAAAGCUGUCACAUAUCUUUGUGAACACCCAGUCAUCAAGGCGCUUUCAUUUGUCGGAUCCGAUAAAGUGGGUAAAUAUGUUCACGAAACCGGAUCUAAACAUGGGAAAAGAGUUCAAGCCAAUAUGGGCGCCAAAAAUCACGGAGUCAUUAUGCCGGAUGCCAACAAAGAUGCUACUAUCAAAUCGAUAGUAGGAGCUUCUUUUGGGGCCGCUGGUCAAAGAUGUAUGGCUCUAUCGACUAUAGUUUUGGUAGGGGAAGCUCAAACGUGGAUCAAAGACAUUGUUUCAACGACUCAAAAAUUGAUAGUUGGUCCAGGCAAGGAUAAAAACACGGAUAUAGGUCCAGUCAUAUCUCCUCAAGCCAAGAAAAGGAUAUCUAAUUUGAUUGAUCAGGGCAUUAAACAAGGAGCAACAUGUGAAUUAGAUGGAAGGGGUAUAGUCAUGGAUAAUUUUGCUAACAAAGAAGGCAAUUUCUUAGGACCUACCAUCUUGAGUGGUGUUAAGCCCGGCAUGAACUGCUACGAAGAAGAAAUAUUUGGUCCGGUUAUGCUCAUAAAUAUAGUCGAUGACUUAGAUGGCGCUAUAGAUUUUAUAAAUCGCAAUCCUUACGGUAACGGGACGGCCAUCUUUACGAGAAGCGGAACCUCGGCUAAAAAAUUUACCGAAAAUAUUGAUGUUGGGCAAAUCGGAAUAAACGUACCAAUCCCGGUUCCUUUGCCCAUGUUUUCGUUCACCGGAUCAAGGGGAUCAUUUCUUGGAGAUUCCCAUUUUUACGGGAAAGAAGCGAUAAGCUUUUUCACCCAAACUAAAACUAUUACCCAAUUAUGGAGAAUGGACAGUGAUGAGACAUCUAAGACAACUUCUGUGACGUCUAUGCCAAUUAUAAAAUAAAUCAAUUUUUACUAUCAUAAUUAUAAAAUAUAAGCUAUUUCCAUAAUGGAUGUUUUUUAAAGGUAAAAAAAAAGCCUAAUAGAUACAUGCUUCUAAACAUUAUAUUUUAAACUGCGUUAGUUAUUUAUCAUUUUUAGAAAAAACAUCUGUUCUGUAAGUUGCCUUAAAAAAUAUUAAAUAACGAUUGUUACCUGUGAUAAUAUUUUAUAAAGUGUUAAAUAAAUAAAUUUUUUAUGUAUUACCUUACAAAGGACAAUAUUUUUUGUAAUCUUGAAUAUAUUUUUAAAUAAAACUACUUGUACCAAUUGUAUUAUCUAUUUAUUUGGGUCUUAGACUUGUGUCCCAUAGGACAAGACUGCGGACCUGCGAUAAAUCCGGCCAUUGCAUCAACAAAAUAUUUUUUGUAAUCUUUCCAAACAUAAAACACAUUCC